GUUGUUAUCUAAAGCGAGCAAGUAGUUUUCUGGUAUAAUGAACUCAAACAAGCAAGAAUAUUUGUGUUGCACAAUGACUUUCUAAAGAAAGGAAUCAAUAAUAUGUUACCUUCACUUGGUUUAUUUAAGGGAUUUCCYUGUCCUUAUUUUACGGGAACAAACAGCAAAAAUCAGAACACUGGAACACAAUCUUGCCAAAGGCCGUACUGUCAUUUUAAGCAUGUGCGUAAAGAUGAAAAUCAAACAACAAAUAAUGUGUCUGUACCGGAGUAUAAACCUUCUCCAAAACUGCUGCCCUUACCAACGAUUACUAAAUCAAAGCCAAAACUGGAGUAUCAACCCGAGAAGCCAGCCUUAAAUGCCAGCCCUUCAAAACCUCCUUUAGCGUUUGAAUUACGUGCCCCCAUUUAUAUUCCAGCAACAUGCAAAAAUGAUGAUAAUGAAUCGUUUAGUUUAAAUCUUGACGAUUGCGAAGAGGAGUUAAACGAACUUGGUGAAAUACUAGAAACUGAGGUUGUAAAAGAUGUUAGGCAUAAUGGUGAAAUACCAUCUAAUACUAGAACGGAAGAUAAUCAAAAUAAAAUUAAUAAUGCUGAAGAAGGAAACAUAAUAAUAUCUAAAAAAGACGUAAUUAGCAAUGAAGAGAAUAAAAGUUCUCGGCGUAGUAGUAAGGAUAUAAAACAAAAAACGGAAACUCCUAUUACUAAAGAUACAUCGGUUUCAAAGGAUAGAUCGCUUAGCAAAGAAAGCCGAUUAAAAAUAAUUUCCAAAGAAGAAAAUAAAAACAUACACAAAACAGAAAAUAGAAAACACAAGGAAUCCAGGCACGAAGAGCACUCCAAAAAAGAUGACAGAAGACAUAAACACGAAAAAGACUAUAAGAAUACUUCGUCGUCGAAAUCUUCUUCAUCAAAGAGUAGGCCUUCGUCAACUUUAUCGGAAGUUAAAGAAGGCUCAAAGUCUCGCAGUAAAUCAAAAAAAUCUUCAAAAUCAAAUCACAUCUCAUCAAAUAAAAUUCACAGAGAGAGYAAAAUAUCGACACCGGUGGAUCCUAUUUCACCACAUACAUCAACAGAAAGUAUAGAGCAGUUUCCCAUCACGGAAGAGAUUAAUAAGGAAUGUCAAAUGAUAUACGAACAACUGGAAAAGGAUUUUGCUUCCAUGCAUAAAGAUAAUAAUGGUGAACUUAAGAGUAGCACAAAUGAAUCUAAAGCUUUAAAACGUCACCAAUCACAAGAAGAUGAAUAUGUAACCAAUUCCUUACAAAAGAAGCGGGUUGCUUAUCACAACGCAGAUAAGUUAAAAGUACAAUCUCCUCUUUUAUUGCGAAAACCCGAUCACAUACGCAAUGCCAUGCAAGCUAUUUUCAAUCGACAAUCAGCGAUGCAUCGCAAAAGAGAAGAGGAAGCCACAGUAGUGGAAACGGCGGUACGUGAAGCUGAGGAAAAAGUGCGGGAAGCAACUGAAGCUUUACGUAAGGCAAAAGAAAAGAGCCAGAGCCAGCUAACACCACUUAUACCAAAAAGUUAUUUAACACCACCGCCUCGUAUAACUCGUACCAUUGCACCCGUCGCCAACAUAAUUGCUUUGGAACGGGCAAAGAAGAAAGUAGAAGAGCUUAGAGCGGGAAAACAGCCGGCAUUUACACCAGCACAAACAACCAAAAAAGGUGAACGUGUUGCCCACAAAAUUACCGCAGCAUUGGCGACAAAAGAAGCUAUAAAACCCGCGAAACCACCAGUGCUAGAGGCAAAUUCAUCAAAAAUAUCAUUUAAUAUCCGUAUGCAGUAUUACGAAAUGAUGGUAAAACAUUGCUUGGCCAUAUAUCCGAAUAUGGCCGAUGCUUGGGAACGGGCACAAACAGAAGAGCUAGCUGUUUUAAAAAAAUGUAAUACGCCAGUUAUUUAUAAAAGUAGCGCUUUGUUAGCCAUAAAUAAACUAAGAAAGGAAGCAACCGAUUCUGGAAAUAAACCAGCCGACACCAACAGGAUGCUAUCUCAUGAAGUCAUACUAGCUGGGAAACUAGCCAAAACGAAUACUUGGAGUGUGCAGAAAAAAAUAAGAAGUGAUGCGAGCGAUGGCAACGAACCCUUUGAUAAGUUACCUGGUGACAAAGCAUACGAUAUGGUGUACGAAUUACGUCUUACUGAGGAGCAGUUGACAACGAAUGGGUUUCCACGACCUGGAAACGGUCCUGGCAUUGCAAUUAUAACCAGCACGAGGCCCUCGCGACGUCCCAAUGUAGAUGAACGUUAUUGCAGUCGUUGCGGAAAAGUGUUCAAUUUGAAAAUUUAUGAUGAAAUAUGUGUGGAUGAAUGCAAUUAUCAUCCAAAAAGUGCAGGUUAUCGUAGAGGAUUCGCYGACAAUCAUCACCGUUGUUGUCAACAACCAGCUGGUACACCUGGCUGCUCGUAUGCUAAUUAUCAUGUUGCGGAUUAUGUAGAUUACGAUAAUCUUACCGGCUAUAUUACCACAAUUAAAAAGGAUGGCGAUUAUAUACCGACAAAAAAAGAUAUUUAUGCACUAGAUUGUGAAAUGUGCUACACAACAAUGGGCAUAGAAUUGACACGCGUUACAGUUGUGGACAUAAAUGGGCGCACGGUGUACGAUGCGCUAGUUAAACCAGAAAAUAAAAUUGUCGAUUACAACACGGUCUAUUCUGGGAUUAAUGAGGCGAUGUUGAAGUGCGAAACAAGAACCUUGCGUGAUGUGCAAGCUAUUCUGAUGUCGAUGUUUCAUUCUAAAACUAUUCUAACCGGCCACAGUUUAGAUAGCGAUCUUAAGGCUUUAAAACUGAUACACAGUGUAGUAGUAGAUACGUCGGUACUAUUUCCACAUAAAAUGGGACCGCCAAAGAAGCGUGCUCUCAAAACAUUAUGCAUUGAAAAUUUAAAACGGAUCAUUCAAGAAAAUGAGGCUGGUCACGAUAGUGCAGAGGAUGCUGAAGUAUGUAUACAGUUAGUGAAAUUCUAUCUUCGUAAUAAAAUUAGUUGAGCACAUUUAAUUUUUCAAAUCAGUAUGGCAGUGAGGAUUUAUUACAUCACUUAAUAAAACAUGAACAAAUUAUUAUUUAAACAUAUUACAAUGUACUUAUGUACGUGUGAAAGUUACAUAAUUUUUACCAGAUUUUUUCGCAUAAUUCCUUAAAUUUAACUUUUUUACGUUAUUAGUAUAAAGAAAACUUUUAAUGAUGAGUUUAAGCUUCGUA